AUGGAUACUGCUAGUGAGACACGUCUGGAUGAAACUAUAAAUGAAAUUGUUCCAUCUUCACAAUCACCUAGUGCAAGUACACCUAGAUUAACAAGUAAAGUUUGGUCUUAUUUUGAAAGGGUUAACAAAAUUGAAAAUGGUAAACCAGUCAUUGAGGCUAAAUGUGAUAAUACUUUGUUGGUUGGUAAUCCGAGUAGUGGUACUAGUCAUUUAACUCGUCAUUUAAAACAGCAUGAAGCUGCACAAGCUAGGAUAAGUCCAGGUCAAAUGUUAUUAAAUGCUGAUGUUGUUAGAAAUUUGACAAAUGUUGUUUAUGAUCAUGUUGUUGCUCGUAAAGAAGUUGUGGAUUUUAUUAUUAGAGUUGAACUAGCAUUUAAAUUUGUUGAUAGCCAUGACUUCAAGGGCAUGAUUCAGUAUGCAUUUUGUCCUCAAUAA